CCAACAUGAAUUCAAUUGUAAUUUUUACGUUCUUUUUAAUGGGUGUGGUACUUGCUGGUCAUGGACACGAUAAUGCUCACUAUAAAUUUGAGUAUGGCGUUCAUGAUCCUCAUACUCACGACCACAAAUCACAACACGAACACAGACACGGCCAUGAUGUUACUGGAGGAUACGCAUUGAAAGAAGCCGACGGAACUCACAGAGUUGUCAAAUAUAAAUCUUCUCCUCAUGGUGGAUUCGAAGCUGUCGUUGAAAGAGCAGGUCAUGCUCAACAUCCCGCUCACUACGGUCAUGGUCAUGGUCAUGGUAGUCAUGGUCAUGGUGGACACGGUGGAGCUACCAGCUACGUUGGUGUUACACACUGGGCAAACCAAGGAAGCGAAGGAGGUCAUGGUCAUGAAAUUGUAUUACAUUUUGUUUUAUUUUACUACAACAAUAACAAUAAAACUUGUAUAAUGAACCCUAUUGUUUUCCUGUUCUUCUUCGUGAUUGCUGCAGCCUUUGCAGGUCAUGGACAUGAUAAUGCUCAUUACAAGUUCGAGUACGGAGUUCACGAUCCUCACACCCACGAUCAUAAAUCUCAACAUGAACACAGACAUGGCCAUGACGUAACUGGAGGAUACACACUGAAAGAAGCCGAUGGAACUCAUAGAGUUGUCAAAUACAAAUCUUCUCCUCACAAUGGAUUCGAAGCUGUCGUUGAAAGAGUAGGUCAUGCCCAACAUCCCGCUCACUACGGUCAUGGUCAUGGACACGGUGGUUAUGGUCAUGGUGGACAUGGAGGAGCUACCAGCUACGUUGGUGUUACCCACUGGGCGAAUCAAGGAAGUGAAGGUGGACAUGGACAUGGACAUUAGACACAAUGAUUUUUUGGUAUUAGAGAUGAUGAUGCAGAGAUGAUAUUUGUUCA